GGAACACACAAGAAAAUUAAGUUGGAUAAUGAUGCAAAGGCCUCUUCAAGUCACAAGGAAUCAUCGAAAAAAGUGCCUAAAAUCUCUCCUGAGGACUCCCAUAAGGAACACCGACAUCAGAAAGUUAAAUCUCCCUCGCAGCACAAAAAGCCUGAGAAGAUAGCACACAAGAGACACCCUAGUGAGAGCAGCCCCUGCAGGCAGCUGUCCACCACAAGCAGCAACAAAAGCAGUAGCAAAGAACAUACUACUCCCAAACAAAGAAAGGUGGAGGAGACAAGUAUCGAACGCACAAAAAACAGCAAGGGUUCUACAGAAAAUAACACAAAUCCUUUCCCAGUGCCUUCUUUGCCAAAUGGUACUGCCAAGCCAACAAGACCUCAGCUGAAGUUUGAAGAAAAGUUACAUUCACCAGAACAUUACAUGAAGGAGGCCAAGAAACUAAAACAUAAAGCCGAUGCCAUGUUGGACAAGAUUGGAAAGUCAUUCAAUUACCUAGAUGCCGCCAUGUUUUUCAUUGAGUGCGGUAUUGCAAUGGAAGCUGAUGUUAAUGCACCAAAGCCGGCCUACACGAUGUUUGCUGAAACAGUUGAUCUUAUUAAGUUUAUUAUGAAGUUGAAGAACUUCUCAGAUAGUUCAGCACCCGCA